AUGUUUGGCAACGAGCGGCUGAACGGGAACGGUGGCACCACCGGUGGUGGCGGCGGAACAAAGGCGUACCAGGAAGCGGUGGCCAAGGCGCUGGAGGCCCACGGUGAGGCCGUCGCCGAUGAGACGAGCCUCGGGAACGAUCCCGCGCGACCCGCGUUCGCGUCCGUCUUCACGAUCGAGAGUAUACUCGGCCUCGGCGGUGGCGGUGGCGUCGGUGGCGCACCCAACCAUCGUGGGGAUGCCAUCGGGGGUCCGGGUUCGCUGAACGCUGAUAAGCUGUUGUCACCCGUUCCACAACGACUGGACGGUGGAAGCGGCGGCGGCGGGGGCUACGAAGUGGAGCACACCAAGCAGAGCCUCUCGAACUACUUCCGGUGUGCCGGGGCGAGCGGUCUGCACCUGCCACCGGCGGUCUCCGAGGCCAGCAGUAUGCUACCCGCGAACCUGCUCGGCAUAGCGUACCCGUCGUCCUGCCACGGCUAUCUGCAGCCGGACCUGUUCGCGGCCCACUUACACCAGCAGGUGGGGCUGGUCGCGUGCAACGGCAACUUCCGGCCGCGCUACCCCUUCCUGAACGCGGACUCGCACAUCAAGCGGAAACGGCGGCACCGGACGAUCUUCACCGAGGAGCAGCUCGAGCAGCUGGAGGCCACCUUCGACAAGACCCACUACCCGGACGUGCUGUUGCGGGAAAAGUUGGCCAUCAAGGUGGACCUGAAGGAGGAGCGCGUGGAGGUGUGGUUCAAAAACCGGCGCGCCAAGUGGCGAAAGCAGAAGCGCGAGGAGCAGGAGCAGUUCUCGAACUACGAGAUCAAUAAUAAAAUUAGGAAACUUAUCAACAUUCCGGUGGCGGCCCAGGAAAAGCUUCGGCAGUUGCAGGCGACGGGCAUGUUUGCGAAGGACAGCAAAGGGCUGCUGGUGAGCCCGAAGUGCGACGAGUUGAGCAACAGCAAUAGUGACGCCUCGGACGUGGAGGUCGUAUGA